UGUGUGUGUGUUCUCCCCCCACCCCCCCAAUAAUUUCGCCUAGAGUUUGGCACUCCCUUCGCCGGGAAUAACAGUCUUUGUUAUUUUAUUAGCAGGAUGCCUUGAGACACACGCAGCAUCUGGUGGAGGAUUAACAUACAUACAUGUGUAUGUAUGCGUCACGUAUAUAUUUGCUGCAAAUGGUGGGGAUCAUUUAGUGCCCGAGAUGGGAGACCUGAAGUCAGGUUUUGAAGAGGUGGAUGGCGUGAGGCUCGGCUACCUCAUCAUUAAAGGAAAGCAAAUGUUUGCCCUCUCCCAAGUCUUCACGGAUCUGCUGAAAAACAUCCCGAGGACGACCGUGCACAAGCGCAUGGAUCAUCUCAAAGUGAAAAAGCACCACUGCGGUCUGGAGGAGCUGCGGAAACUCAAGGCCAUCAACAGCAUCGCCUUCCACGCCGCCAAAUGCACGCUCAUCUCCCGGGAAGACGUGGAAGCGCUCUACCCCUCCUGCAAAACCGAGCGGGUCCUCAAGACCAAGCGCAGGAGGGCCGGCCGGGCCCUGGCCACGAAGCUUGACCUUAUGGCCACCCCCUAUCCUUCCUGGGUACGCCGCCUGCUGCUGCUGCCCAGGUCCUACAAAGCCAAAGCGGCCACGGCGGCGGCCGCCGGGGCCACUUGUCUGGAAAGGUUUCAUCUGGUUAACAGCUUCUGCCCACCUCCCCACCACCACCACCACCACCAUCACCACCACCAUCACCACCACCACCACCACCACCGGGCCCAGCAGCCGCUGCAGAGUCACCACCCGCCUCAUCACCACCGGCCGCAGCCCCAUCUGGACAGCUUUCCCGAGAGUUGCAGCAGCGACUCGGAGUCUAGCUCCUACUCGGACCACGCAGCCAACGACUCCGAUUUUGGCUCCAGUUUGUCCAGCUCCAGCAACUCUGUGUCCUCGGAGGAAGAGGAGGAGGGAGAGGAGGAGGAGGAAGAGGAGGAGGAAGAGGAGGGGGUCACUGGGGCCUCGGAUUCCAGUGAAGUCAGCUCGGAGGAGGAGGAUUCAUCCUCGGAAUCGGACUCCAGCUCUGGCUCCAGCCAAGUGUCAGUGCAGAGCAUCCGUUUCAGGCGCACCAGCUUCUGCAAGCCGCCCAGCGUGCAGGCGCAGGCCAACUUCUUGUACCAUCUGGCCUCCGCCGCCGCUGCAACCCACCCCGCUGCUUUCGAGGAUGCCGGCCGACUUCCCGACCUCAAGAGUAGUGUCAAAGCGGAGUCAGCGGAGGAAUGGCCUCUGCCGAGCUGGGCCCCCAAACCCUCUCCGGUGUACUGCUCAGCCAGCCUGGGGAGUUGUUUCACAGAGAUAAGGAACGAUAGGGUAUCUGCGAUUACAUUCCCACACUCUGAAAUUUCCAGCACUGUAAAGAGAACUGACCUGACAAUUAACUGCCUGGCAGAGGGGGACUCUUCACCUAGCCCAAAGACAAACAAUGUAUUUCCACAACAAAGAAUACUCCGAGAAACGAGGAAAUGCCUGCAAGCAACUCCUACUGCACACUGUGCAGAUAACAACACAAUAGCGGCUAGGUUCUUCAACAGUGAUUCUUCACUAGCAGCAGCAAAGUCAGAAAAAGAUUCCAAAAUCCCCCCUUGUGUUGAAUUUGCUACGGAUUUGCCCUCUUUGCAGACUGAUCCUGGAGUGGAUGCAGCAGCAGCAACGAAAGCAGAGAAUCCCUGCACUGACACAGGCGACAAGACACUGCCACUUCUGCACAAUAUUAAAAUCAAAGUCGAAGACAAUAGUGCUAAUGAAGAAUAUGAACCUGACCUUAUUACAAAUAAGCUAAAGUGCGAGUGCAAUGAUACAAAGGGUGAGUUUUACAGUGUGACUGGGAGUAAAGAGGAGGAUGCCUUGCUAACCACAGCCAAGGAAGGGUUUGCAUGCCCUGAAGAAGAAACUCCUUCCUUAAAGCCACUGGCUCUGAGACAGGGCCUUUCAUGCACUUUAGGUUCUCCAAAACCUGAGGAUGGGGAAUAUAAAUUUGGUGCCAGGGUGAGAAAAAAUUACCGGACACUAGUCCUGGGAAAGCGACCUGUACUUCAGACACCUACAGUCAAACCAAAUUUGAAAUCAGCUAGAAGUCCUCGUCCUACAGGUAAAACUGAGACACAUGAAGGAACACUGGAUGAUUUUACAGUUAUAAACAGACGCAAAAAGGUAGCCAGCAAUGUAGCGUCAGCAGUGAAAAGGCCAUUUAAUUUCAUGGCAAAUUUUCCUUGUCCACCAUCACUCACUAUUGGGAAGGAUGGGGAUUUGUGGCCUGCAUAUUCCUUAAACACCACUAAGGAUUCCCAACCUCCUCACAAGGCCCAUCCUAUCUGGAAAUGGCAGCUGGGCGGUUCUGCAAUACCUCUUCCACCUAGUCACAAAUUCAGGAAAUUUAAUUCAUAAAAGUGUUUUGGAAGAUAUUUUCUUGAACCAUAUUACCUUCCUUUUGUUGUAAACUGCACAGGAUGGUUUGUACAAGUCCAUUAAUAUGUGACACCCCUUUUGGAGUCCUGGUUUAUCACAUUUUGAAGACAGAAAUCGGAUUACUUUUUUUUUUUCCCAUUGUGGGUUUGUGUUGUUUUUUUUUUAGUAGGGUGGGGGUGGGGUGGGAGAAUGCUUGGUUUACAUUCCACAGACUACUUCAGGCUAAAGACUCAAGUAAAACUCAGUUAUUACGGUAGAGCUGGAACACUUUACUGUUUUAAUGCUAAUAAUGCACCCGGUACCUCAAUUCAACUGCUACAAAUAAAUGUCAAAAGGUUGAAUAAUAAAUAUUACAAUGAGCCAUUAAGUUUAUGCACUAGAUUUCAGACCUGAAAGUGUAACUUCAUUCAGUGAAAGUUUGUUAGGUUACAUAGUUACACAGUGAGGUAGCAAGAAGUUUCUGUGAGCCCAAAAUGUUCUCUUCUGGAGCUCCUUUGUGGGGUAUCUUUUUCCUUUUCUCCCCUCAUUCCCUCUCCAAAAGUAGUUGCACUUAAUUUUUCCUUUUUUGAGUGGAAAGAUUGGGGAGUCCUGAUUGAAUGCUGGUAAAAGCUGCCUCAUAUAUACUGAGUAAAAUAAAUAUGAGAUUGUAUUUCUUUUGUAAAGGGCGUGAUUUUACUUUUACAGCCACUCCUUGCAAUUGGAAGAGUCCUUUUUGUGUUGUCACCCAAAGGUUUUAAAUAAGGUGACUAGUACCUUCGUCCUGCUUACCUUGUAGUCUGAACAUGACUCCUCAAGCUUGCAAAACAAUUAAAAUUCAAACUUGCAAAACAAUUAAAAUAUUUCUCUUUAGAGCAGGAUAUUUUAUGGUCUGACUCCUCAUGGUGUCAAAGCAUUAAAAACUCCCAAGAAAAGUAAAAUGAAUCAGAGUUAUAAGAAAGCCCAAAUCAAAAAUAACAGUUAUUUCAGGGCUUUCUGGUACUAGAACUCAGGCACUUGGAUUUUAUUACAUUUUACUUUUUCUGCAUCUCUCUAAACUUCUGUUUUCAGACCAUCCUGUGUAUAGAGCAGGAGAGUUUCUACUGCAAGUGACAAUCAGAGGUGACUAUCUAUGUUUGCACUUAAAAUCAAAGUAGUUCAACAUGCAAAUGGCUAGGGUCUAGCCCUUGGUAAGGGCCAUGCUGGUGUACUAUGUUGUGAUGAUGGAAGCAGUAAAUCAAAAUUAUGGAAAUUUGCACUGUUGAAAAGCAUGCUUUAGCUUUAUUUUCAAUUAAAAACACUGUUUAAAAUUC